CACUCAUUUCUCUUAUCACCACCACCCUUAGUCUCCCAACACUUCCAAUAUUCACUUCCCUUCCAAGCCCUUCUGAUAAUAACAUGUCAUCGCAGACCAUUGAGAGCCACCGUGAGGGUGCCGAGGUCUACCGCGGUGAUGAUCUCUGCAAGAAGAAUUCCAUCCAGCUCCUCGAAGAGGUCGGCCUCCCUAGGGGCUUGUUUCCCCUCGAGAACGUCGAGGAGUUUGGCUACAACCGUGCGGCUGGGUUCAUGUGGCUGAUCCAGAAGAAGAAGAAGGAGCACACGUUCAAGAAGAUCAAGCAGACGGUGGCGUAUGCCACCGAGGUGACAGCCUUCGUGGAGCAGCGCAAGCUGAAGAAGAUAACGGGCGUGAAGACGAAGGAGCUGCUGCUGUGGCUCUCUGUUGUCGAGGUGUACAUUGAUGACGCCUCAACGGAGAAGAUCACUUUCAAGACUGGAACCGGGCUGUCCGACAGCUUCCCGGUGUCGGCUUUCGACCUGGAGUAGCUUGAGGUGGUGAAGGGACUAGGGCUUCGGUUUUCUGUCAUCUUUGAGCUGGAACAUGCAAAUCAGUGGGUCUAACUACUGUUCAAACAUAUUGCUAAAAUAUUUUUAGUUCUUUUCUAUUCUGAGUUUGUAUCAAAUAAAAGUUGCAACUAAUGGUCUAUUCUAGUAUAUGUCUUGCUUGAUCAUUUGAAUCAAUCAUAUACAUGUUCUUAAA